AUAAAAGUAUUAUUGAAAAAUAUUAUAGAAAAUAAAAGUAUUAUAGAAAUGAUUGAAAAUUAGAGCAUACCAAAUAUUUUGUGAAAUUCAAUGGAUGCUCUCUUCUUCAAGUAUCACUUCUUGUCAGCACAUCCAUAAAUCCAUAGGCUUGUCAGUCAGUUCCAGAAAAUGAUGAAUAUUAAUUUUUACAUGCAGAACAUUUUUGAGCAGAAAAUUACAAGUAAAUACAACUUGUGUUGACAUCGGCAUCAAGGACGCCGGGGCUCUCGCUGUUUGACGCGCGACCCUGCAUGUCACGCGUGCGUGGUGCGAGCGUAACGAUUUCGCGUGCGAGGGAGAGAGAGAUGGAUAGACAUCCCUCUCGCUCGAGGGGUGUCGCGGGCAAGGGGCAACAGAUGUCCUUCCGCAUGACGCACGCGGGGUGGCCGUCCCUCCAGUCUCGCGUCUGGUGGUGUUUGUGCGCGUCGCGUCGCGGUGACGGACGGAGUAGCCGGCUCUCUUUCAUCCUCGCGAGGAUCUCGUCGAACGACAGAUACGUCCGGGGGAGAAAUGAUGGCGUAAAAUGACGUUGGACGCGCGUUGCGUAACUUUCUCCCGACGAAGAACGUUCUCUGGUUAGGGCGCAAUGUGCGAGGUAUCGAAAGGACAACGGAGGACGUUCCGCGAUCAGGAUCCACCGCGAAUAUGCAAGAAGAGCGCGGAAAAUUUGCUGCGGGACGAGCUCGAGUUCUCGCGCUCGACCCCAAACUCGCCGACGACCCUCCAGCGCGCCGCCAGCCUCGAGAAAUGCUUCAGCGAGCCCGAGUUCUUCCAGAAGCAGCGCGAGCUGCUCUCCAAGCACGAACAGCGGGCGAAGGAAAAGGGCAGCGGCGAGGAAACCGUCAUCUCCGACUCGGCACGUGGCGCGGACGACGAUUCCGAAAGUAUGGCUGAGGUCGCGAGGAGCACUUCGGGGGACCUCCUGAGAGAACUCUCCGCCAAAGUGCCUUUCCCCUGCAAACAGACGAACGAGGUGAUUACUAACGGUCUCAAGUGCGACUCGGACGACGUCGACGGUUUGACAAACGAGAAAAAAAUGGCACCGGUUCUGGGCGUACCGCCUCCGCCACCGGCUCCUCACAUGGGACCAGACGGCUUAAUUUUGCCGAGGAAACCAUAUAAUCCUUGCCUUAUCUCCACUAAUCAUAAGGAUCUGCACAGAGAGUUACUCUUCAAUCAGAAAAUUGGCAAAAAUGUCUUGAAUCAGAAAAGCGAAUUGCAACGUGCUCUGGAGAAACAUAGGGAAGCUGCAUCAAGAAGGGAAGCUGAAAGAAUUCGAGAAGAAAGCUAUAGAGAUGAUCCCAGAACUGCUUUGCAAAGAGCGAUCGAGCAAAGAGCAAGACACAUUCAAUUAACGCAAGAGCAAUCGCAGGCGACGAUGGAACCACCGAGCAAUCUCCUGGUAACAGCGAGGGCGAAGCUAAGGCCUCGCACCGAGUCCCAGUGAGAGCCUAGCGAAGGUCAAAGGUCCCGCUCGACUAAAUAGGAUGAUCGAUCGAUCUCGAUCCGCUCGGGUGGCUCGUGUAAUUUCAUACCUCGGCGCCUUAUCGAUCACAAUCAACAUGUAUAUAUGCGUAACAUCUGAUAAGUUUCGUUGGCACGAGAAUUAUUAGGGUCUCUCAUUUGGCGCAUCGGAAGGUAACGAUGCUGUAACGAGCAUUAAGAGAUAACACACUAUUCGAAUUAUGACGCUUUGAUUACGAGCGAGGAGAGAAUCGGUGGAUCUGUCUUGUAGAAAACGUGUCAAUCCGCCGCAAAAUCAUUCCCAGAAUAACGCGAAGGACCAAACGACGUUGUGUCUUGAAGAUUAGGAUGAAGAUUAUUCUUUAUAGUUUAAACAUCGAUUAAAUUAUGAUGACGUUCGUAUACCGCCUGAAUCGAGGAGCGCGCAAAUAAAGAGUUCGUAAGAACGUAUCAGGUGUCUCGAUGUACAAUCAACAAUAAUAAGUAGUAAACCUCAGUGUGCCGAGCUUAGUUCAAUGACCAAUUAGGGUGACGUCGACAAACGCGUUAUUAUAUUAUUAUAUACGAUAAUUAUCAUAUAUCGGUAAUUAUUGUAUUUAAUAAAGUAAUCUCCAGUAAUUAUUAUUACUUACGUGUAAAUUCGAAUAUAUAAUAUCCAGCGUAUUUUUUCUUACGAGAAACAAAGGUGAUUUCAUCGCGAGAGCACCGAUAGUAACACAGUUUACCAGAGUAGGACACAGAUUGACAAUAGACAGAAUAGCGAUAGAUAGAUGGUGAGAUAAAAAUUUAUUCAUUUGUUUCGAUUUUUUCAUCUUGAACGAUACGAAAUGUUUCUUUGAAUUUCCCGAAGUUCAGUUUUUUCUUUAAAACAUAUAUCAUAAAGUUUAUUUCAAAACAAUCAUGAAGAUGAUAUAUUUUCCAAGGAUCGCUGAAAUUUUUAUUUGUGCAAUAGAGAAAACGUAAAAAUGUAUUGUUUAGUUAUAUAUGCGUAAGCGAAAUAUUCCGUAUCGUUUAAGAUUAAUCGAAAUACGUGCGUGAGUUCUAGAUCUACGAAUGUCCGAAGACACUCGCGACCAUGUGUAUCCUGAACAUUGUAUCGUCUAUACGAGACGAUGAUACCCAUAGUCGCUUUUUCUUCCUUGGAAGCCCCAAUGGUAUCUUCCACGCGAUCUUCGA